CCCUCCCCUUGAUCGUCAGGAAUCCCACUCACGGUCGCUCCACCACGGCCAGAAACGCUACUUGCUAUUGCCGUCUGUAUUACGCGCCGCCACUCGUACAAAUUCUUUGGCUGCGCCUGAGGCGUUGCUUGAUCUACUGUCGGCUGCUGCACGACGAGCUUGGCAAAGGAACCUAUCAGAAUGGGAACUGAUAAAACGUGCAUCCCCAUUCAUCACUCUUAGACACGACUUUUGCCGCCCUCUAAGGCUCAUUUUGGCUCGUUCAAGUUGCGCCCUUGCUUUAUUCGCACCUUAGUUUUUCCUUUGGGUCAUCAGACGGCGCGCUUGAGCCGCGUGGGUGGAUCCCUGUUGCGAGCUCCGUGCGGUCGCUCACAGAGAAAACAUGGUCAAUCGCUCAGUGGCCGUGAUGCGAGGAUUUACUUCGACAACGACUGCAGCAACGACAGCGCCGCCCGCCAGCGUCUUUGGCAGACUCGACGCCUUGAGCGUGCCGAGCUGGAAGAAAGGACAUGCGUCGAGGGGAUCCGUCGGGGAGCGAAUUCAAGUCAUACCGGGGUUCAAAACAAGCGCUGCGUUUCUAAGCUCCCUCAGCGCAAACUUGCGUAUCGCAGACGACGACCUCUUUCCGUCUCCAGGUAACACGCCUGUACUGAGACCGACCAUCUACGACAUUCCGCACAAUCUUCCGCCUCUGUCUCCUCUUGCAAAUACCGUCAUGACUGACCACGACGCGGACGACACCAGCAGUGCAGCGGGGUCGCAGCAGCAUGAUCCACUUCAAGGCGUUCCUCCCUUGACCACAGAAACCGCAACGAGUGAGGAGGACGUGGUGGCAGCUCUCAAGCUGGUGGCAGAUAGCUUGGCUCAGCAACGCAAUGUUGCCGCCAGAGUCCUCAUCUUUCACCCUUUGAACAUCGUUGUCUUCACAACCCUGCUUAGUGUCGUCAUGCAGUACCUGUAUCAGCCCGGCAACAUCACGAAAAUGCUCACCACGGCAUCCGGCAUCAUCAUGGCUGCGUUGGUCCUGGUGCGGCAGAUGACUUCAGGAUACAUCUUCGCCGCAGAGGCGAUCGGAAAGAGCUGGCUUGACGACGAUCAGAUCUUGAUCACCAAGUUUGGUGACUCCGUGAUUGCGGCGCUCGUGCUCGGCUGGGAGAAGGGUGAGGGCAGGGGCAACAGAAGGAAGAAGUGGGGCCGAGGCGUCGUGCGAGCGUGGACGGUAAAACUGCGAUACAGAGGGAAAGGCGUCGGUACUGAACUCUUGGAGGAAGCCGUCAGAGAGACUCAGAGGCGGGGAGGAGAGGAAAUCGUUUUUGCCGACGACCAUGCUAACUCGAACAUGUUUUUGCCGCGAUUCUUUCAAGCGCCACUGGUCCGGAAAGACAUGAAAUAUCGCAAGCAGUUGGAGGAAUUCUCCAACGCGCAUCUUGGGAAAGGAAAGAGGUGAAACAAGAAGGGUCUUCUUUCGUGCUUGUUGGUUUCGAAAACGAUUUACGAUUCUCUACUCAAACGUCUUCCAUGUUGCUAGAUAAGAUGAUACCCCUCUUAGAAGCGAACUCUACGCUGUCGCUAUCGAGAAUCGCGUCCUGUCUGUUUGAUUGUGCAAUUCAAUUAACUGCUUUUUUCAUU